AUGUCAGAUACGCAGCAACAGAAGAAGUUAGAAUUAACUCAAUCUAUUGAAUCUCAAGGACAAAAAGUACGUCAACUAAAGGCAGAAAAGGCAGAAAAAUCAGUUAUUGAUGCUGAAGUGGCUGCCUUGCUUGACCUCAAGAAACAAUUAGCUGUUUUGGAAGGAACUGACGGCAAGUCCGGUAAGGCUACCAAAACCAGUUUUACACUCAAGACACCCAAGGGUACCAAAGACUAUAAUGAUAAAGAUAUGGCUAUUCGUGAAAAGGUGUUUAGUACCAUUACCCAAGUAUUCAAGAAACACGGUGCUGUUACGAUUGAUACUCCUGUAUUUGAACUCAAGGAAAUUCUUUCUGGCAAGUAUGGUGAAGACAGUAAAUUGAUUUACGACUUGGCAGAUCAAGGAGGAGAAGAAUGCUCCCUUCGUUAUGACUUGACUGUUCCUUUUGCUCGUUUCUUGGCUAUGAACGGUAAAGAAUAUCAAAACUUUAAGCGAUACCAUAUCGCCAAGGUGUACCGUCGUGACCAGCCCGCAAUGACAAAAGGUCGCAUGAGAGAAUUUUAUCAAUGCGAUUUUGAUAUCGCUGGUGUUUAUGAUCCUAUGAUUCCCGAUGCUGAAAUCUUGAGAAUCCUAUGUGAAGCAUUGACCAAUCUGGAUAUUGGAAAAUUCACUGUCAAGAUCAACCACAGAAAGAUUUUGGACGGUAUCUUUGAAGUAUGCGGUGUUCCAGAGCAAAGCAUUCGCCCUAUUUCUUCUGCUGUUGACAAGUUAGAUAAGCUUCCUUGGGCUGAUGUCAAGAAGGAAAUGGUUGAAGAGAAAGGAUUGGCCCCUGUAUGUGCAGAUAGAAUCGGCGAGUAUGUCAAGUUGAAAGGGAGUCGUGAAUUGUUGGAUACGUUAAAGAAGGAUGAAACAUUGAUGAAGAAUGCAAAUGCUGCAGCUGGUGUGAAAGAUAUGGAACUCUUAUUUGACUAUUUGGAUGUUUUUGAAGUCACUGAAAAGAUGUCAUUUGAUCUUAGUUUGGCAAGAGGAUUAGAUUAUUAUACUGGUAUCAUUUACGAAGCUGUUACUGAAAAGUCUGCUCCUCCUAAACUCGCCGAAGGUAUUACAUCUAAAAAGAAGACAAACUCUGAUGAAUUAGAUGAAUCUACUGUGGGUGUUGGAUCUAUUGCAGCUGGUGGACGAUACGAUAAUUUGGUCGGUAUGUUCUCCGGUGUCAACAAGAAGGGUGUUCCUAACCUUCAAAUCCCAUGUGUUGGCGUAUCUCUUGGUGUCGAACGUAUCUUUUCUAUUUUGAUGUCCAAGCAAAAGUCAGAAGAAAUUAAGAGUAAUGAAACACAAGUCUUUGUGAUUGCUGUUGGUGAUGGAUUAUUAAAGGAAAGAAUGCAAGUCGCUAAAGAGUUAUGGGACGCUGGUAUCAAAGCAUCUUAUAUGUUUAAGAACAAACCCAAAUUAGAUAAGCAAUUUGCAGCAUGUGAUAAGGACAUGAUUCCAUUUGCAGUGAUCAUUGGUAAAGACGAGUUAGAUAAGGGACAGGUGCGUAUCAAGGAUAUGAGAUCAAAGGAUGAAACUCAGGGAGGAGGUGUUACCAUUCAACGUGCUGAUAUGAUUCAAGAACUAAAAUCUAGACUUUCUAUUUCAUAA